CUCCUAUAAAAGCGUUUCGCGCAGAACCCAACAGCAUCAGUUAACAAUCUCAGCUUCUGCGUAAGACAACAAAUUGUCCAAAAACACAAAACUCAAAAUGUUCAAAUACAUUGCUAUUGUUGCUCUGCUGUUCGCCUCCGCCAGCGCCGGCCUAAUUGAGACUCACCAUGUGCUGCACGAGCCCGUUCUGGCCAAGGUGGGCACUGUGGUUCACAGCGCACCCUCGGCUGUCUCCCACCAGAGCAUCACCCAGGUCCACAGCAAGCCUGUCGUCCAACACGUCGUAGCUCCAGUUCUGAAGACCACCAUCCAUUCCGCUCCAGCUGUGGCUGUCCAUGCCGCUCCUGUAUACCAUGCUGCUCCAGUGGUGCCCGUUGUCCACUCCGCGCCUUUGAUCAAGUCUGUGGUGCAUACAGCUCCUUUGGCCUACACUCUACACCACUAAAAGCCAACUUGUUAUGUUAUUUUCAUGAAGUAAAAAAAAAAUAUAAAAAAA